GCCAUGGAUGCCUGGGCGACGUUUGAGCGAAUUGGCACCGGUGCGACCGUGUGUUUGAGGUUGGAAGAACCCGAUGUCCCAGGGGGCACUGCCGAAUUUGAGCUGAGCCGGGACGCUGUGGAGGAUUGCAAGGAGAUGGCCGGCAAGGAGGUGAGCGACACUCCACUCCUGGAGGACGAGGAUGGCUGGCCUUUGACGGUGGUUCGCUUCUCCGACUCGCUCUACCGCAUCAAGAAUGUGGCCGCGGACAGCUUCCCGGAGUCCUUGGCGCUCAUGGAUUUCCACGCGCGCCGUCGCGUCCACGGCCUCUCGCCCCAGGAUUUGGCUCGAGCGGACGAGGAGUACCUGUUGGCCAGGAAGAUCCCUUUCACUAUUCUCUUGGGCAUUCAUCACACUCUAGACUUUCUGGGGCAUCCAGCAGUGGACACGGUUGGCAAGGUGAUCAAUGAGACACCAGGCAGGCCGAGGCUCUUGUCCGAUCUCUCACUCGAGGAGAUUCAAGCCAGAGGUGGACUGCAGUAUUAAGUUUUUUCAUCGAGUCUCCUGUUAACUUUUCUUCUUUGCAAGACUGAGAAGGGCUGAUUUCUAUCUUUGAUAUUCCCCUUUGAAGUCUUAUAAAAAAAAGAGGUUGAGUGAGUCUAA